CAGUUUGAGAUCAUAUGGUGUCAGAGUUAUGGAGAACAAAUGUAAAUGUACGUAUUAUGGUGCCAUCUACAAUUUAAACUAUAAGGUUCCAGCACCUUUUUAUGCCCUUUGAUCCCUAAAUAUCUAGCUGUGCUGCUCUUUCUUCCAUAAUGAGUAAAUGAUUCAAUAUGCCAACCCGAAAGCAUUCAAAGACUCAAUAAAAGGUGACACUUGCCCUGUAAUGCCUCAGAGGUUCCUAAUCUGCACACAUAUUAGCAUGGCAAAGAGGACUGUGUCUCUGCUGCUAGUGCUGCUACAUGGGGUCUGUGUAACAACUUCAGCACAGGUCUGCAGACUGCUUGGUCAGCCUGCCCUUCCUCUACUCUCUGCAGAAAGAGACAUCAACAUUGGAGCAAUUUUCACAAUCCACAGAAAUGCUCUGCUCAAGAUGCAUAAUUUCACUUCCAAACCAGAGCCAUUAAAAUGCAUCAGCUUGAACUUGCGUGAAUUCAAAUUUGCUCAGACACUGAUUUUUGCCAUUGAGGAGAUUAAUAACAGCACACAGCUGUUGCCUGGUGUUUAUUUGGGAUAUAAGAUAUACGACUCCUGUGGCUCUAUAGCUCAUACUAUCCUCUCAGGCAUGGCAUUAAUUAAUGGUUAUGAAGAUACUUUGAGUGACACAUCCUGCUUUAGACCACCAGCUGUUCAUGCCAUUAUUGGAGAGUCAACAUCCUCUCCCACAAUUGGAUUGGCAUCUGUCGCUGGUCCAUUCAGCUUACCUGUUAUCAGUCAUUUUGCCACAUGUGCAUGUCUGAGUAACAGAAAAAAAUAUCCAACCUUCUUCAGAACAAUACCCAGUGAUUAUUACCAAAGUAGAGCACUGGCUCAGCUUGUCAAGCACUUUGGCUGGACUUGGGUUGGGACGGUCAGGAGUCGCAGUGAUUAUGGCAAUAAUGGUAUUGUAGCAUUUGAGGAGGCUGCAAAACAAGAGGGGAUUUGUAUUGAAUACUCAGAGGCCAUAUUUCGAACUGAUCCAGAAGAGCAGUUCCUAAAGACACUGGAAGUAAUAAAAAAGGGCACUGCCAGAGUGGUGCUGGCUUUUAUUGCACUAGGAGAUUUUGUCCCCCUUGUGAAAGUAAUUGCGCAACACAACAUCACAGGGCUGCAGUGGGUUGGCAGUGAAUCCUGGAUCACUUCUCGAACUCUUGCAGAAACAAAGGAAUACAGUUUCCUUUCUGGAGCUGUGGGCUUUGCUGUAGCAAAUGCCAAACUUGUGGGUCUGCGAGAGUUCCUAGUGAAUGUGCACCCUGAUCAAGAACCAAACAAUGAACUGUUAAAAGAAUUCUGGGAAACAGCUUUUCAGUGCUCUUUCAGGAGCAGUGGCGGUUGUACUGGCUCCGAGAGACUGGCUGAGCAGCAAAAUGAAUAUACUGAUGUGUCAGAGCUACGAAUAGCAAAUAAAGUGUAUACUGCAGUGUAUUCUGUUGCUCAUGCACUACAUAACUUAUUAAAAGACUUAAAAUCCUCUAACAUCAGCAGCAAAAGAGAAUGGCCCACAAUACAAAAGGUGUUGGAGUAUAUGAGAGAUGUGAGAUUCACUGUUAAAACAGGUGAAGAAAUUUUCUUUGAUGCAAAUGGUGAUCCAGUGGCGAGAUAUGACCUGGUGAACUGGCAGCCUGCUGAGGAUGGAAGUCUGCAAUUUAGGCAUGUGGGAUCUUUUGAAAGUUCACUGCCUUCAGAGCAAUAUCAACAUCUUCAAGUUAAUCAGGAACACAUGUUGUGGGCAGGGCAUAGUGGACAGUUGCCUGUGUCCGUGUGCAGUGAAAGCUGCCCUGCAGGCACUAGGAAAGCUGUGCAAAAAGGACGACCUGUUUGCUGUUAUGACUGUAUUCCAUGUGCAGAGGGAGAAAUCAGUAAUAUCACAGAUUCUAGUGACUGCUUUCCUUGUGAUUUGGAGUACUGGUCGAAUGAAAGCAAAGACAGAUGUGUAUUAAAAGUGGUUGAAUUCCUUUCCUAUACAGAAAUCAUGGGGAUGGUGCUUUGCAUUUUCUCCUUCACUGGGGUGUUAUUAACAGCAUUUGUGUCUUUUCUGUUUUAUGUUCAUAAAGAAACACCUAUUGUCAGAGCCAAUAACUCAGAGCUGAGCUUCCUGCUGCUCUUCUCACUCUCACUGUGUUUCCUCUGUUCACUUACUUUCAUUGGUCGGCCCACUGAGUGGUCCUGUAUGUUGCGUCACACAGCAUUUGGGAUCACAUUUGUCCUCUGUAUCUCCUGUGUUCUGGGCAAAACAAUAGUGGUGUUAAUGGCCUUCAGGGCUACACUUCCAGGAAGAAAUAUCAUGAAAUGGUUUGGACCUGUACAACAACGACUUAGUGUUGUUUGUUUAACAUUAAUACAGGUGAUUAUAUGUGUACUUUGGUUAACAAUAUCCCCUCCUUUUCCAUAUAUGAACUCAAGCUAUUACAGAGAAAAGAUCAUCCUUGAAUGUAACUUGGGUUCAGCUCUAGGUUUUUGGGCUGUUCUGGGUUAUACUGGUCUGCUAUCAAUCUUAUGUUUUGUUUUAGCUUUUCUGGCUCGGAAGCUCCCUGAUAACUUCAAUGAAGCCAAGUUCAUCACAUUCAGUAUGCUUAUAUUUUGUGCUGUCUGGCUCACAUUUAUCCCAGCUUAUGUCAGUUCUCCUGGAAAAUUUACUGUAGCUGUGCAGAUAUUUGCUAUUUUAGCAUCAAGUUGUGGUUUAUUAUUUUGCAUAUUUGCUCCCAAAUGUUACAUAAUUUUGCUAAAACCAGAGAAGAACACAAAGAAAGAAAUGAUGGGCAAAUCUUCAUCUAAAGUGCUUUAAAGGAUAAACAUUUCUAUGUAUUCUAACAUAUUUAACUGAGAAAAUGAACAGUUAAGAAUUCAAAAGACUACAAAGACACUUUAUAGUAUGUUGAACUGGUGUAUUCACAUGUCAUAUCAUGAGUAACAAAAGCUAUACAAUAGCAGCACUAUUUUCAGGGCUGUCUGACCCAUUAGUUCUGCUCUCCACAGGCUGUGGCAGGCUCUGCAGAGUAGGCCGGUUCAGCACUAGGGACAGUGGAUUCUCAAUGACCAUCUACAUCACAGCCAUGUUCUGGGUCUGCAUUAUGUAUCUCCUUAUAAAAAAUGACAUUGACUUUUUGCAUUUAACAAGAAAUGGAAAUUUAAUUUGAUGUCCUGUAUGUUUUAAAGCUUUCUGCAUUAUUUUACUUACAUUUAUGUAAACAGAAUUAUGCCUCUUAUGUGUAUGUUAUCUAUUAA